UGAGGAAAUUUCUCUUUCCUUUACGUUGAAAGACUUCGGUGAAGAAACGACUGAGUAGUGGUUUGCUAACAAAAUGGGUUUUCAAAAUAUUUGGUACUCGCAUCCACGCAAAUACGGUCAAGGAUCUAGAUCCUGCCGUGCAUGUGCAAACAAACAUGGUCUUAUCCGUAAAUAUGGUCUGAACAUUUGCAGACAAUGUUUCAGAGAAUACGCAGCUGAUAUUGGUUUCAAGAAGUUGGAUUAAUCCAAU